CAAAAUCUACACGGAGAGUCCCCCUCCUCCCUCUAUUUCGCUCUCUCUCCUUCCGUCUUCUUUUCUUGCCUUUAGAAAAGCCGACGUUGUGGCGCUGAUGUGAACCAUCGCAGCGAAGGAAGAAGGGGGUGUGGGAUGAUAGAUAGACGCCAGAGAAAGAGAUCGACGGAAGAAGGGGCAAGGGGGCCGGCUGUUCUCUUUUACCUGCUCCUGCUAACGUGGGAGUGGGGUUUGGUUUACUGUGGUUGCAAUAGAUAAAAUCAAAAGAGCCGGUUCCUAAGGGGGAAAAAGGAUCCACACCAAAGAGUGAGAGUAAGAGUGAGAGAGAGAGAGAGAGAGGAAGAGAGUUUUAGAGAGUUAGAGAGAGAAGAUGGUGGGCUCGGGCGCAGGAGGUGAUGGUAGGAGCAAAGAGGCGCUGGGGAUGAUGGCGCUCCACGAGGCCCUUAGAAACGUCUGCCUCAACUCGGACUGGACUUACUCCGUCUUCUGGACCAUCCGUCCUCGACCGCGGUGUAGAGGAGGGAACGGCUGCAAGGUAGGAGACGACAAUGGCAGCUUAAUGUUGAUGUGGGAGGAUGGAUUCUGCCGGUCCAGGGUGGCUGAGUGCUUGGAGGAGAUCGACGGCGAGGAUCCGGUCAGGAAGGCCUUCAGCAAGAUGUCCAUUCAGCUGUAUAAUUAUGGAGAAGGAUUGAUGGGGAAGGUGGCCUCUGAUAAGUGUCACAAAUGGGUUUUCAAAGAACCUUCCGAAUGCGAACCCAACAUCUCCAACUACUGGCAGAGCUCUUUUGAUGCUCUUCCUCCUGAAUGGACUGAUCAAUUUUCAUCUGGAAUUCAGACUAUAGCUGUGAUUCAAGCUGGCCAUGGGCUUCUACAGUUGGGUUCUUGUAAUAUUAUACCCGAGGACUUGCAUUUUGUGCUGAGAAUGAGGCACAUGUUUGAAUCACUGGGAUACCAGUCUGGCUUCUUCCUCUCCCAGCUCUUCUCCUCCACCAGGAAUACCUCACCUUCAUCAUCUGCGCCACUCAAACAAACUCCCACUCGCCCCCCACCUCCAAUCUUCAAUUGGAGCCACCCGCCGCACCCUUCCACCCCUCCUAUCGCUCCCCCGGCUUUCCACACUUCACCCAGGAUGGGAUUUCCAAACAACAAAGAUGACACCCAGCUCUUCCUCCUCUCUCACUCCUCCGAGCCCACCCCGAUGGAUGACAUGAUCGCCGACCACGACUCCGACCUGAAAUGGCCUAAUGGUCUAUCUUUCUUCACUGCUCUCACCGGAAGAGCCGAUGAAGCAAAGCUCCUCUUCGGCGCUGAGGGACUGGGUAACAAGCCACCAGCCCAACAGCACCCGCUUACGAUGACCGGAAAGAAUCUCACUGCUGGUUCUCCUAUGAACAUCGCCGAUGAGGUCAAGGCUGUCACUGAAGCUUCCAACUUCCGGAGCCAUGGAAACAGAGGUGAAACCGGUGCUGCGCUCGGCGCUGGCAACACGGAGGACUACUUGAGCUUGGAGAGCCACUCCAACAAAGCAAGGAAAACGGAGAGCAACAAGUUCAAGAGGAGCUACACAUUGCCUGCAAGAAUGACUUCAUCCUUUUCGUCGUCUUCUUUGGAUCAUCACCAUGCAGCAACACCUCAAGCCAUCGAGUACCGCAACUCCGAGGCAGGGAUUUACUCAGAUAUCAUGGAGACCUUCUUGGAUUAAUCUGAGAGGUAGAAGUGUGAGAGGAGGGUGUGACCUAGGGAUGAACCUCAUGCCCUCGUCUUCGAGUGCUUCUUUGCAACCGUGACUUAGGUUUAAUAUCUCUAGUAUGACCUGCAGAUUGUUCUUUGUAAGAGUUUGUACACCACCCUUCAGAAUAAUGCUAGCUGGACUCUAGUUUUUGGACUGGGCAUGUAA